AUGUUGAGAUGGUACCAGGCCAAGCUGCUCAAGCGGCCGUUGCUCACGCAGGCCGUGACCACGGCUGUUCUCUUUGCUACCGGCGACAUCACCGCUCAGCAGCUGGUUGAGAAGAAGGGCAUCGAGAAGCAUGAGCUGGCACGGACGGCCCGCAUGGCCCUCUACGGUGGAACGGUGUUCGGCCCGGCCGCGACGACCUGGUUCGGUUUCCUGCAGCGCAACGUGAACCUGCGCUCGCCCAACGGCACGAUCCUGGCGCGCGUGGCCUGCGACCAGGGUCUGUUCGCCCCGACCUUCAUCGGCAUCUUCCUCGGCAGCAUGGCCGUCUUGGAGGGCACCUCGCCGCGGGAGAAGCUCGAGAAGAACUACAAGUCCGCCCUGACGACCAACUACCUGAUCUGGCCGUUCGUGCAGAUGAUCAACUUCAAGUUCGUCCCGCUGCACCAUCGCGUCCUCGUCGUCAACGUCGUCAGCAUCGGCUGGAACUGCUAUUUGAGCUAUCUCAACAGCUCCAAGUAG